ACCUGCUCAAUCUAACCUCGAAUGUUCAAAUUGUUUUUUGUUUUAGAAUUAGAAUUUUGUUGUUAUUUUAUAAUUUGAAGCAAAAUGCAGAUACAGUUUUUAAGCAUUUUAUUUUUGUGUGUAUUUUUCUCAAUAAUACAACAAGGAUCGUCAUUGUGGUGUUAUCAAUGCGUUUCCACUCAGCCCGGCUGCGGAACACCAUUUAAUUGGCUCUGGUAUUGGACUAAAAUUUGUCCUGAGGAUGAUGACGUCUGUGUAAAGAUAAUCGAGGAGAAAGAUGGAGAAACUGUUAUAACAAGAGAUUGUCUAAGCUCUAUGCAAGCUAUCCGAACAGAUAUACCAGCUGAUCAUUAUGAAGGUUGUAGAGCUGCAGCAGUUGAUGAAAAGUUAGGACAUUAUGUCAAUAAUUCAAUUAAAGAGUUGGACAUUCAUAGAACCUACUAUGAUAAAACAACUUGGUGUUUCUGCUUCCUCGAUCAUAGAUGUAAUGACAGUACAACACAAAGUCCAUCAUUCAUUUUAACAGGUAUAGGUUUAGUGUUGACAAUUUUUACCAUGGCUUUUUAUUAAAAAGUUUUUAAUUCCAUUUUAAUGUUUAUAUGAAGUAUUUUAUUAUUGUGAAUAUCAAUAUAUUUAUUGGUAUCUACAUUUAUUAUUAAUUUAGCAUUAAGUACAAAUUUUUACAUUGUUCCGUCCCUUAGAUUUAUUGUUGACAAUUUUUACCAUGAUUUUUUAAUAAAAAGUUUUUACACUUCAACUAAUUUAAUUAUGAAUCUCAAAUUUGUAUGGCUGUUAUUGAUGUAAUAACGUAUUAUUAAUUUGAUAUACUACAAUUUGUUACAAUGUUCCAUCCCAUACUCUUUAAUAUACAUAGUUUCAAAAGAUAUGCAUCACCUAAAAUCUCUGUUUAGUUUAGUCUUGUACUAAACAAAUAUUAGCAAUAAAAACUUACAUGAAUAGAAUUUUUUAUAGAAAAUUUAAUGCUUUAAUCAGUCAGUUAUAUGAAGAAAAAAAAUUGGUUGCAGGAACCAAUACUGCUACAGUAGAAAUCAAUUUAUAUUAUUAAUCUUAUAAUACAAUACAAAUUUUUUUUUAAAUCUGGCAAUGGUGAACAUUUAACUGUCAAACGUUGAUGAUGCAGGCGCAACUUAUUUUAUUUCUACUGUACAUGAAAACGAGGGGUGAUGAAUAACUUUUGUGGCCUUGUGUAUAAUAUGUAUUAGUUAUAUUAAGUUAUAAUAAUAUUAAGAUAUACUCAUUUUUUUCUAAAUUGUUGCUAUUGAAUUUAAGUUGUAAAUAUUGAUAAAUAUUUUUUAUACAUAAUUGUAAUUAAAUCCGUCCAUGAGUAUGUAUUGAAAUAAAAAUCAUAUUUACAUGUAUAAUAGAUUUAAAGUUUAUUAAAAUACAUAUAUACAAAAUUUGUAUCAAUACAUAUAAAAUUUACAUUGUAUAACAAUAAAUGUACAUUUUAAAACAAUAAAUUUAAAAUAAUUUACAUCACAGAAUAUCGUCCCAUUAAUGAAGUGUUACAGUCGUCACAAACUCUGACUGGUUUUGCUGAAGAAGGAAGUGACAUUGAAUUAUCAGAACAAGAGUUACAAAAUAUUUCGCCACAGUUUCGACAAUGGUGCUAAAAAAUGUUUUUUAGAAGGUAUUGCAUACCAUUUUGAUAGUUAGCCUGGGUUAAAUAGUACAAUUUGAUUUGAUAUGCAUUUUUAAUAAACAAAACUAAUCCAAACAAAGGACAACUUCCACUUAAGUUAUAAUUAAAUAAACUAUUUAAAGCCAGACUCACAAAUCAUGUUAAAAUAUAUUAAUUACCUUCCGCCUAGUUAAAUUAAACUCUUUACUGCAAGCUUUACAAUGUGAAACCGUAUCAUCUUUAGCCCAAGCAGCUUCAGCUUUAAUUUUACUGAUAGAUUCUUCUCGUAAUUCUGCAAUUUGCAAUUUUGUUGUGCUCAAUUGAGCCCCUAAUUCUUCCAAAGUAUGUUCUUGUUCUAUACUCUGAUCUUUUAGGGAAUAAUACUCUUCUUGUAGAGAAGCAUA